UAUUUUUUACUAAAUAUGCUACCCCGAAUAGCGUCACGAGUCUUUCGCGCGCAUUUGACUUAUCAGUUAACGUCUGUCAGAUAAAUUAUACGUUAUUUACUUAAGUUUAAAAUGUUUAUUUUGUUUGUUGAACGUUUUAUAAAUGUUUAUAAGUAAAUAUUUUAUGAGCUUGCGUUAAAUUAAUACAUUUAAACAAACAAGCUACAAAAUAAUCAAAUUAAAUGAGUCAAGUGUGCCAUGAAUUUGUUUUAACUUGCUUCUUUUUAUUCACUUAUUUAAAUGUGGACUAAAACAAGACAAUGACCAAAAGAAAAUCAAAGACUACAGCAGAGUUCAGACCCCCUAAGAGAACGCAGUCCAGAGCAAAACGACAGAGAAGCGCUGAAGAAACAAACCUGCAGUCUGCAGAUGAAACUCAGAUUCAAACACCACAAUCAGAAAACAACAACUCCCAAAAUGCUUCAUGCUCAGACAAGCUGGAUGAGCAUCAGCCUGGACAGAGCACAUUACAAAUAUGUCAGAAAACAGAGUUCCCUGUUGAUCCUUCUUGUUCCCUGGAAGAAAAAACAUGCAAUGGUGACAAUGAUGAGGAUGGAAAUGACACUAACCCACCUGAGGUUUCUCAUGAGAUUGAAAAAACUGCAGAGAUUGCAGUACAAACCCCAGAACCCAACAAUAGUGACAAGUACGCUCUCUCUAGACCUUUAAAUGUGGAAGUUACCAAUGAAGAUCCGCCUGACAUAGACCUGCAAGAUGAAGAAAGUGAAAUCGCAAGCAAUUCAAACCAUGAAUCUCAGAAGAACUCUGAAUUACCAUCAGAUGAUUGUCAGGACAGUAUAGACACUGAACCCAAGAUGGCUGAACGAUUAGGGUCUUCAGACAUCAUAGCUGAGACCUCAGUUGAUGAGACAGGAAUUCAGAUGACUGAAGAUGCAGAUCCUAUAGUAAAGAGGAAAAUAAGAAAGAGGAUGGGAAUGUGUCGGCUUGGAGAAAGGAAGAGGAUGCUCAAGGGACAGCUGACUAGAGGGAAUGUGUUUGGAGGAGGACAGGAGAACGAGGCAGGUCAAGUUAUUAAUGAAGAGUUGGUCAUGAUGAGUGACGAUUUAAAGAAGGAUGGCUCCAUCUCUCUCGAAGAUGAGGGAACUACUGAGUCAGAGGUUUCAGCAUCCCCAUUCCCAACCCCUUGCCCAUUUGAGGAUAUGCCUGUGCGGGAGGAACUGCUUGAUGUGCAGUACGGGAAUGAUGUUCAAGUUCAUAUAUUGGUGGAAGGCAUGUCAAGCGAAGGUCAUGAAACUGACAAUAUAAUCCCGUCUCAUGCUGAUGAUCCUCUUGUGGAAAUUGAAACUGAAUGUGUGGAGCAUAGCACUAAUGAAAGCAACAUUAGAGAAGAUAAGCCAGAAAUGUGCGAUGAUGUCACAGCUGAGAUUGGUACCGAAGUGACUGUAGAUCUAGCUGAAGUUUGCAAGGAAUCAGCUGAUGUUUCGCCUCAAGAUGCGGUUGUGAUAGAAAGUCAUCUUGAAGUUCUCAAAGAGAUCACCGAAGCCUCAGCAUCCACUUCUGAGGUUGCUAACCAUUUUCAAGAACUACUCAUAGUGGGAGGCAUUGAGAUGGAGGUUGAGGAGUGCUAUCCAUCUGAACGUGACAUGAACACUUCUAUCAGCAACCACACUAAUGAACAGUGUGCGGAGUCCACGGAUAUUGCAGCCAAUGAGACCAUCAGUGCACUUCCUGUAAUCGACCAGAUAGAAGAUAAGUGUGAGUCUUUGGACUGUACUUUGGUUGCUGCAGCUGUAACACCUGAGAAGAACACAGUGAACUGUGAGGACAACAGCAUCUGGAGAUUGUCCUUACCUGCAGCCCCACCUUGUGGUGAAGAUAGUGAAAUGCAAUCAGAUACAGAGCAUGAUGGUUUACUGAGUGACGCUCAUGAGCCUCAUCUGAGUCCUGCCGCUGAACCUGAUCCCUCCAGCCCCUUAUCCAUUGACUCCGUGACAGAUUCCCAGCUCAACAACAUCCCUCUGAGUUUGGAGGACCUCCCAAUCUCAGAAGCCGAUUGUGAUCUGGAAGAUGCCACAGAGAUGGUGUGCGGCCUAAUCAGAGAUGUUGCCUCUCUGAAUCAGAUAGUGAGGGAUGCACACAGGAAGAUUGGAUUUCUGCAACAAUGCAGAAAACCUCCAAGACCACAGUUUCGCUACAUGUAUGGCCCUCCACACUAGAAAUAUUGGCACACCUUUGAGUUUCUGAAUAUGUUCUAACAUAGGAUAUAGUGGACAAAAAAUUGUUUUGAUAAAAGAACUGUAUAAUUUGCACUGGUUUAGAUUGAUUUUGCUAGCAACCACUUGUUCACUUCUUUGUGUCAUCUUGCAUAGAGCUGUUCUGUUUCAGUAAGCUCAAGUUAACUUUAAGAAGUUCAAGCAAAGAAGUAAACAUUGUAAUUCUGUCAAUCACAGGUUGUGACCCCUAGUCUGAAGGGUUGUAAUCUUAGCAACCGGUAAAUCCCUUAAAUCUGUCUGUCCUACUUUGCAACCCUUACUACUCAAAUUAUAUUAAUAAAUUAAACUUUCCUGUU